ACAUCGAGAGGAGAUCACGUCGGAGGAGCUAGUUUUCCUGCAUGGACCAAAUCAGAGAACUGCAAGAAGAAGAAGAACGAGCAUUGUGUGGGGCUGAGAGAGAGCGUAUAAUAAUGCGACGCUUACCUCCUCUCGUUCAAUGAUAAUCCUUCUCUACUGCCUGCCCGAGUCUCACUGGAUCCAAGCCACUGUUCUUCCCAGCUAGCUCCGUAUAUGUACGUAUAAUAUGACAGCUUCCACUUUCAAUCCGUGACACACGUUGUUUGCACGUCUCUGCAAAAUCAUCAAUUCGGUUGCUCCACUGACGAAGCAUUUAUUGUUUCUUGAAGCAAAAACUGCAGCGAAGGAAAGUGUUGGACAGAGAGCGAAUAUUUUGCUGGCGAUUGCUAAUAAAUACUGAACGGAAACAAACACUACUAGUAAAAGUUGUUUUACGGUAUUGUAGUUGUCUGUUUGUGAACCUGUUGACCUGUUACUGAACAGAGUUAUUUACACCUCGAUAAAAGGACAACUCAUCCAAGUGUUGUCUUUUAAAUAACUCGUUUACUCGCUUGGUAUACAUACGAGUGAAUUGAGGUGAAGUGAGACAGUGAAAGUAGAUACUCCGCAGUUUGGAUUCGUUUCGUUUGUGCAUGCAGGAUUUUUUCUUGAGAUCUACCAAAUAUGGUGAUGCACAAAGUGGCACGAGUUGUCCAGCAAGGAAUGGAGAAUCCGAUGGAUGGAGGAUCAUUUCCUGAAGGUUCAGAAUACAACGUGGAGGAUUUUGACGAGUACUUACUCAUGCAAGAAGUACAACGUGAGGAGCAAUUGAACAGGUGCCGAGCCCUGCAACCCAAUGCGACUCUUUCUCACCCUCCACCACCCACAUCUCAUUCGACCACCCUUCAUGACAUGGAAGGUGGAGGUUCCUCCCACCACAUUAUGAACGGAGGUAACCACAUCCUUCCUGAUCACCAAUGUCCAUCACAAGGCCCACAACCUCCACUCAACAAUGGACCUCGACGAAAUGGACACCCAGGCAGCGUGUUUUGCCCCAACGGCCCAUCCUCUGGAAUUUCUCCCACACGGCAACAACAACAACAGCACAGCAUUAAACUUGGAAGUCCUAGUACUCCACCAGCCACACCCCCUGAUGCUUCCCCUACUCACCCUUAUCAACUCCCCUCCUCACCUGGUUUCGCGAAUGGCCCCAUUCCCAAUAAUCAAAUGCACCACACCGUCGUUGUUGAGCACGAGUCCCAUUUAAGGCUCAACGCCAUGUCACAAGAAGAAAUGGGGAUUUGGCAACAAAAUCAGCACGGUUUACCCCCUCACCGAAGACAAUUAUUUGACAAUCCAUUGGAUCUCACCCCUCUCGGGGGUCAUGGUGGUCCGGAUGGGAUGGAGCAAGGUUGUGGGGGCUGGUUUCGUAAAAUCGAGCAUCAUCCAGGACAUCAACUCCACGGCUUCCCCUCCCCACAUCCGUCAAUGGGUCACCAGGGUCAACCGAACGGCAAUGGUACUGGAAGAAUGUCGUCUCGUGAGCAGGGCGAGUCAAGGGAUAGUUUCGACACACACGACUCGGAUAGUUACUGCACUUCGCGACCCAUUUCCGGUGAUCUGAGUGAAGAUCAGUUGAUUGCAUUACCAGUGAGAGAACUAAACAAGCGACUUCACGGAUUGCCCAGGGAUUUGGUCGUGAGGCUGAAACAAAAGAGGAGAACUUUGAAAAACAGAGGAUAUGCACAAAAUUGCAGAACGAAAAGAGUCCACCAAAAAAACUUGCUAGAAGAAAAGACCCGCAUUUUGCAGAAGGAAGUCCAUCGCUUGAUCCAGGAACGAGACAUGUGGAAAUCUAAAUGUGAGCACCUUCGAAGAAGUUACAAUCAUAACAACAACAACAGUAAUCAAAUCAAUGCCAACACCCAACAGAAUGGAUUAGUGCAUCAAAAUAUCAAUCCAGGAGGAGGUGGUGGACCCAACAACAACAACAGUAAUCACUCUAAUGGACCCAUCCAUCCCAACAGCAACGCCAACCACAGUCACAACCACUGCAAUGGAAACUCUGGUGGGAACAGCUUGCAAGUCGCAACUGGGCAGUUGGAUAAGCAGAAUCCCAUGCUGAACGUCCCCACAUCUGUGUCGAGGUACAACCCCUCCCGUUCCCCAACCCCUGCUCAGCAUUACUGACCCCGUCUCGACGGCACGUCCUUCAGUCACCCACCGACCCUCACAUGAUGACAAACAACAUGAUGAUGUUACUUAAGUAGUCUUACUUUUGUAAUUCGGCUAACAUUCGACGACGACUAUUAGCGGUAUUACACAAAUAUUUCAACAAAGCUCAAAUUAUUCUCUCAUAUAAUUUACUCGCAAAAAAGCAAACUUAAGCAAUCUCACAACACAAUAGCAUAGCAAUAUACAUACAUAAUGAGACUUUAAAAUUAAUUAUUCACUGGUCGACAAGAGUUAACGAAAUUGCUAAUUACUGACUUAGAAAUCUAUAUACAUUUAGAAAUCGAUGCAAUGAUCUUUGAUGUUGCAAAAAAUAUUGCACGAGCUUCGUCAUCUUGGCCACUCACCUACCCCACAUGCGAUAACACAGUGCAGCAGGAAGGGGAGUCGUUAUAGGUUGGAGUGAGGGAGAGUGAGAGAAAGUGCUGACGAUACUUUUCCGGCUUUCAUCUUCUUCUUCUUCUUGAUGCAGUCGAGCAUCCAGUUAGGAAACCAAUUUGGAACUCUAAAUGGCAAAAAAAGAUUCGUAUAAACAAUGGUUAUCAAUGUGUAUAGAUUACAAGGUAGGAGGGCGUCUGUUUUGUUUACGGUUCGACUUAUUAUGGAGGGUUUCACGCAUUUGGGGCAUCUUGAAAUUUGCAUUAAAACUCAACUAAAAAACUUUGUUCUCACUUUCAUUUCAUAUUUACAGUAACAAUAAUAAGUUUUUUUAAAGAAAAUUUUGUAGAGUGAUCUAUUACUAUGAUCUAUUUAUUAUUAAACGGUUAAAUAACAUGAUAUACAUACAUUUUCCCAGUUUUGUUUUGCUAGAUGACAUCGUGCUUGAAGCAAUGUCUCAGUUUGUCUCAUAAUGUCGCAUAAUUAUUCAAUUUAUUGAGUCAAUAAGUAUUAAAAAUGCGAUUGCUUUCUGAAGUAAGGUUGGAAUAGUAAAAAAAGUAGAGCAUGUAUGGAAUUAUUAUUAAUUUAGCAAAUACACAUUAAACGGAACUAGAAACAAUUCAAGGCUAAGUCUUACCUGUUGUACCUGGGUAUAAAGUUAUGUUGUUAAAUUUUAUGCUUUAGUGUACUGCACCAAGUUUGUGGUUGUGCAAAUUCAACUAACUUGAAAAAGUCGUAAAAAUAGGAAUUGGAACAAUGUUGUAUGCAAAAUUGAGUGCGGUUUGGUAGGAAAGAGAUGAGAAUUAUGAGAACAUAAAAAGUUUCCUUGUGGAGGCUUAAGUAUAAAGACUUAUCGCAAAACUUGUGCUUGUAAAUAACCCGAUACGUACUUAAGUUUACAAAUUCUGGAGAGAGAGCAGCAUAGCCGCAGCAGCCGAGGAGGAGAGGCACCCAAAACAGAGAGCGUUCAGUACAUACAUUCCGCCAGUACUUGUGUAAUUUGAAGCACUCGAAAUCGAAACUUCCUCAUUGCACGAGGACGAGGUACACACACAUUAUUGGUCGGUAAUUGUAUCGCUAUCCGAGUACUUACUUAACUUAUUAUGAUACUUUGUAAACUAAUGUAAAGGAACGAAACGUGCCAAAUUCGAGAAAAACUAACUCCACUAACCCUCAUAAUUUAUUGCGUUUCGUGUAUAUGUACAUGUAUAAAUUCUCGUAUGGCAUUGUGAAUUUAAUUGCUGCUACGAGAACCUGCUCCAGAAUGGAUGUCGGCAUGUUACUUAAGUCGAUAUACUCGUAUAAAUGUAUUCUGUAUGUCAUACAUAGUUAGUGUGUGUGUCUAAUCAAACAAUUAUCCGUUUCAAUGAUGUAACACAUAAAAGUCAAGAAAGAAGUCUCAUGCACUAAUAAUGUUGUAUUAUGUAUAAUCUUACUUACACGUGUAACAUGCUUGUUUCCCAUCGUCACUAAUUUUAUUCAAGACAAACUAUUAAAUAUGGUUUAAGAAAUGGAAAUUUCAAUGGUGAUAUGUACAGAAAUUUUAAAUUUUCAUGUCAAUAAAUUACGAAAAUUGACUUUA